AUGGAUAAAUAUAAAAAUAUUAAAAACGUAGAGGUUGAAAAGGAGGCAGUAUCAGAUACUGGAAGCGGUGGAAAUCGGUCGCGUGGGACGUCUUCCGCUAGGAAACGUCCAGUGUGCCGGUCUUCAGAAGAGGAAGGCCUGCCGGCUCCCAAGUUGCCGACUUCGGGGAGGGGUCGGCAGGCAUCGAGAGGGGCGAGUGCUUCGCAGCCGCGGAGGGAUAAGCACGGACGAUUCGUGUGCUCCAAUACCUCGGCGGCUAGUGAAGCAGAGAGCGACAUGGGGUUCACUACGGAGGACCCUGGCGAUGGCGGUGAAAGCUGUGCCUCGCUGGGGAGCUCAAAGGCGGAGCUCAACGCCGCCAAGAGGGAGCAGCGUAAAGCCGUCGCGGCCGACGAAGUGUCGAAAAUGGCCCGACGUGCUCGCGAGCGACGAGCUGCUAUUGCGGCGGAAGGGGGAGAGCCAUCUGCGGUGGCCUUAAGCCAGCUGGCUCUGGAUGGGGUGGACUUAGUCCUGAAGGUUGCCACCAAGUCUGGCAGCCUGAAGGGCACGUUCACCCGUGGCUUAAAGGAGGCUGCCGCGGAUAUUAGGGAGGCGGUUGGCAUCCUCCUCAACAGGACGGCCUCUGACGAGGUCGCAAAGUUACAGGAGGAAAACAGCCGCCUCAGAAAUGACUUGGAGGACCUCCGACGGCAAGUCGCUGCGCUGAGCGAAGAGCAGCAGCGACGCACGUCCACCGAUGCCGCACCUGUAGUGGCCCCGACUCCCGCACCGCGACCGGCAAGCCCUCGUACCGACGAAGAGGUCGAGCGCAUUGUCCGGAUCUGCAUGCUCCAGUGCGGGAGUAUGGUUAACGCUCGGCUGGAGGCGAUUUCACGGCGUCUCCCGGUGGAAAUCCUCCGUCCGCCUUUGGCGGCGGACACUCGGAGAACUGAGGAGCCGCCGAGACUUGCGCCUCAAAAGAGGAAGCCCGCGGAGGGUAACAAAAAGCCCGCGGAGGGAGCUCCUUCGAGCGAGCAGCCCACGACUGUCGGGUCUAAGGGUGAGACCUGGGCAAAAGUCGUGGGCCGCAAAAAGGCCCGCAAAGCCGCCAAGAAGGCCGCAGCAGCUGCAUGCGCCCCAGGCGGAACCGCAAAUACGGCUCCUCAACCUGCGCGGCGGGCUGCCAAAGGCGGUCGCAAGAGACCGACUGUGCACGUUCCGCGGUCCAAUGCCGUGACGCUUACGUUGCAGCCCGGAGCUGUGGAGCGUGGCGUGACGUACCAGUCGGUCAUCGCUGAGGCCAAGGCCAAGAUCAAAUUAUCAGAUCUUGGCCUUCAGUCCGUCACCCUCAGGCAGGCUGCCACGGGUGCACGGCUGUUUGAGGUGGCUGGCACUGUGAGCAGCAGUGCCGAAAAGGCGGACGCACUGGCCGCCAAAAUGAGGGAGGUCCUCAACCCUGAGGACGUCCGGGUCUCCAGACCAAUGAAAACCGCAGAGGUGCGGAUUGCUGGCCUGGACGACUCCGUGACCUCUGAGGAGGUGGUGGCGGCCGUUGCCAGAAGCGGAGAGUGUCCACCGGACAAGGUGCGGGCUGGCGAUAUACGCACCGACGCCUCCGGACUCGGCAUGGUCUGGGUUCGGUGCCCUGUGGCGUCGGCGAAAAAGAUCGCUGAUAGCGGCAGAUUGCUGGUAGGCUGGGUGGCGGCAAAAACCAAGCUUCUACAGCCCCGGGCUUUGCAGUGCUUCCGGUGCCUGGAAAAAGGGCACGUCCGGGCGAAGUGCACCGCUGAGGUUGACCGUAGUGACCUCUGUUUUCGCUGCGGCCAGCCUGGCCACAAGGCGGCCCUGUGCACCGCGGCGUUCAACUGCAGCCUUUGUUCUGCUGCGGGAAGGCCUGCAGAGCACAGAGUAGGCGGAGGGGCCUGUGGGGCGCCUGCCAGCAAGGCCAAAAAGAAAAAAGAAAAGAAGAGGAGCACUAAGCCUGCCGAGUUAACCUCGCUGCCCCCGCAGGCUAGCAGCUCCGCGGCCGACUCCCGGCCCAGGACCGUUGCCGAGGGGAUGGAAUGUCAAUAA